CUCGGCUGCAGUCACAACAAAAGGGCCGCGGCUGGGGCGACACUUCAUCGCUGAAGGCCCGAGUUGUAAGUGCGAAAAGUUGACUGUUUUGGCCAGAGUGUGUCUUUCCAACGGGAAAUGAUGACUUCGACGCCGCCCGCCAAACUCGUCGACAUCCUCGGAGCUGGUGUUGCAGAGUCAUGGGUGCAGCUGGAUGUGUCGAGCACCUCAACCACGGUGCCGCAGCAGCUGCCUGCCAUUGGCGAACGAGGAACUCCGACCCCUCUGAUGGCUCCGUCGCCUCUGUGCGCUGACGCAGAGUACCUGCGUCUGUUGCGUGAAGCGCAGCGAGAGAGCAACCAGAGCUCAGCCAGGGUGUCUAUUGCUUCGUCCCGAAAAGGAUCCCCCAGGGGCAGUCCAAAAUCGCCUCCCAAUAGCCCCAAUAAUGAAUUAUCAAGUGAUGAGGAUCAGCUCCACAGCCGAUAUUACAUAAAUCAGGAACUAGAGGAAGCAAAGAGUACCGACUGGGUGUGGGACUGGAGCAGCCGACCUGACCAGACACCUCCAAAGGAGUGGAAAUUUAGACACCCUACACCUCCACUGGUCCGUCGCUCGUACAGCAUUAGGCAUGCAAAAGUUGGCAAAACAUCACUGUUUUCACGUGAAGUGUUGUACACCCUGGUAUUGACAAAUGUUAUCUCAUUCCUCCUUGGCACCGGCAUUGGCGUUUGGAUCUGCAAAAGAGCCCCAGCAAUCGAGGGAGGCUUGACGAUUUUGCCCUUGUCAGUAGAUUAAUUUACCGAUCACUCAACUUUGACCUCAUUAAGGAGCUCUCAUCUUUCUGUGACCUCAGACAUCUCUGGUAUAGGGAUUUUCCGAUUAGUAGUUUAAAUUUCACAAAACUGCUUUGAUAAUUAGAAUGAUAAUAAUUUAUUGAAAUAGGAACCGAAAGAACCAAUAGUUAAAUCAAAUUGUCUAUGUAUUUGAUUAAUUUUUCAAUCAUGAUGCCAAGAAAUAUGCAAAUUUUUAUAAAUUAUUUUGAUACCAUUAGCCAGCAGUGAAUUUUGUAUAUUGUAUCUUCUACCCCUGUUCAAAGCUUUUCUUAUGCAAUUAAACGCAUAAUGUAGUUGAGCUGCAUUCAUAAGUGUUUGUAGGCGUAAGAUUUGAAUUGUUCUCGACAAAUUCUUUUCUUCAAAUGAAAACUGUGUAGAUGUCUCCAAAUUUCAUGGUUAAUUGUGAUUUGAAAUCCAUAAUGUACAAGUGUCAAUGCCUGAAGGCGUGGGUGGGAUGGGAGUAAAAAACUGCAGCCGAAUCACACAGACUGACCCUUUUUCUAAUUGAAAACCGCACUUGUCAGAAAGUGAAAAUGUUUUUGUUACUGCUUGCAUAGCAUCUUAGAAAUUUUUUGAAUAGUCACUGUCUUAUUUGGCAAACUACAUUAUUAUCAAAACUUCGGUGAGUCAGAAAAAUUAUAGAAACAUUCCACUCGCUGUUUUAUCAUGUAAACAUACUCAUCUGAAUAUUGAGGCUUGGUUUAUAUAUUUCUAUUCUAGAGCCAAAAAUUUAUAAAAUGUAAGCUUUUGUCCAUUUACAAUGAAAUGGUUCUCUUUUUUAACUUUGUCUAACUGAGAAAUAAUUGUUAGAGAUUAACAACUCUUAGUCACUUUUAGAUUUACCUGUCAAAUGCACACUUUGACCAAUGUUUUAUUAAGCUUUUUUUGUAAUUUGCUGACUCUAUUGCAUUGAAUAAUCACUAUUUCAAGCUUUGUAUAGAAUUAUAGAAAUAAAAUCACGUAUAAAAAGU